AUGAACGGAGUUGUGGACCUCAUCUCAUCCACACCCCACACCAGCUCAGCAGCAGCUAGACGAAAAGGUCGAAGGCCUAAAUGCAAGAAAGUUGACCUUGCAAUAAACCCCAAAUCCACUGCUCCGAGAUCUGCAAUGUUGGGAACUCUAUUUUCCCCGAUGUACCCACCUUUUCAUUCACAACCAGACUCUGAUUGCAGCCCCUCAGUAACCGACCUUGGAGCCAUAGCUCUUGUCCUUGAUCUGGAUGACGUGAUGGAUACUGUGAUAGAAAGUACUAUGUCAAGUAAAGAGAAUGAAGACCCAUCCUUGGAGGUCCAGAUGGGGUCGGACUGCAAGGAUCUCUUAGAAGAGAACAACAACAAUAACAACAGCAGCAGCAGCGGUAACAGCAGCACCGUCAGCAAAACCACAGCUGUCAUCUGCAGCAGUACCAGUCAUUUGACUAUGGCAGCCUCCGGCGACAGCAGCCUUGCCACCAACAUCACUAUCAGCAGCACCAGUGUGGACGUACAGACUGACUGUGGGUCCUACAACGGAGAGGAGGAGGAAGUGGCCGAGGAAGCGUAUGAUUGGGAGUACUUCAUUAUCAGAAAUUUGCCUCCCCUGACGGACGAGUUACGGGCAAGAGUACCUGCCCUUCCUUUGAAGACCCGCAGUUCACCAGAAUUUUCCCUAGUACUGGAUUUGGAUGAGACUUUAGUUCACUGCAGUCUAACAGAGUUGGAAGAUGCUGCCUUUUCCUUUCCUGUCUUGUUCCAGGAAGUCUCAUACAGAGUGUUUGUUCGGACCCGCCCUUACUUCAGGGAGUUCCUGGAGGCCGUGUCCCAGCACUUUGAGGUCAUCCUGUUCACGGCGUCCAAGAAAGUCUAUGCCGACAAGUUGAUGAACCUACUUGACCCGGAGAAGAAGCUCAUCAAACAUCGAUUGUUUCGUGAGCAUUGUGUCUGUGUCAACGGCUACUACAUCAAAGACUUGUCCAUCUUGGGCAGAGACUUGGCAAAAACAGUCAUCGUAGACAACUCCCCGCAGGCAUUUGGUUACCAGCUAGAUAAUGGUAUUCCCAUAGAGAGUUGGUUUGUUGACCGAGAAGAUAAGGAGCUUCUCAAAAUCCUGCCCUUUCUUGAGGAACUUCGGAGUAAGAACAUUGAUGUACGGCCCCAGAUUAGAGAUCGCUACCGGCUACAUACACUUUUACCCCCUUAA